UCAGUCUGAUUUGUGUUUUCGGUGUAAUGUUUCUCCAUUGCUAAUCCGACUGUGAUCGUCACUUACAUUCCAUUUAUUGCAAUGCAAAAACUAUCGUUGAAGUGUGUUUUCAUAAUUCCAAUUUGUGCGCGGUGUGCUAAUGAGUGGAAACAAUAGUGUGUAACGUUAAUGAGAGAAGGAGGAUAAUUCGAUAAUGGGCGGAUGAAAAAUAGGGCGUUUUAUGCUUUCAAAGUGCAUUGUCCAGUCGGAACAGAAUUGCUGAAAUGGCACCUACAAAGAAUCCAAAGUUAGCACGGAGACAGACAGGAACUGUCCCUAAAAUCACAGCAGCCCCACCGUGCACAUCGGCGGCAUCAUUGUUUGCAACAAGUGCUCCGGCCCCAAAAUCAACAACUUCUAUCAAAGCCUCGCGUUCUGCUUCAUCAGGCUCAUCACAGAAGAACACUGAAGUCGUUGCACCAACGAGACGCGAACUAAACGACUUGAAUGACUAUUUAUUGUCGGUGGCUGAAUCAUCUGCAACGACAACCAGCUCGAAACGAUCUAAUAGUAACGAGCAAUCACACUCUGAGCAAUUGGAUACUACGUGUUUUGAAUUAGAUAAUUUAAAUUUACACGAAAAUCAGAGGUAUUGUUGGCCUGUUCGACCCUUACCAAGACGUAAUUCACCAAGUAGAGACUACACCAGUGAUUUACAUUCUGCAACCGCUCCAACCAACCAUAACAUUCUUUCCGUUAACUAUUCAACUAACAACGCAUCUGGUCUAAGUUCUCAAGCUAUUGGUGUGGUAAUCCCAACAACACCAAAUUCAGCACUAAAUGAAGAUAAUUAUGCGUCAGUGAAUAGACUGCAUCAGUAUCAACAAAGCGCAGCGUCAGCAUUAAAUUCAGUUAUUAAUCAUCAGCAUCAGCAGCAUCAUCAAUCCGAUAUCAAUCAAACACUUGCGAAUCUCGACAGCGAACUGACGUGGGAGCAACGACUGAAUUUUAUUCAAUAUUUCCUAUCGUUGACUUCUAAAACUCUUAACAAGGGCAAUAAAGAAGCAAUUUGUGGUUCGGAAGAAGUCAGAAGUGAAGACGAAAAAUCUGAAAAAAUGGUUUACGAGCCUAAAUCCGAACAUUUUAUUAACUCAGCCAGCCUAGAGGAUGUUGAGCAUCAUGAGGCACAUGAGACAACUCCCACCCAUUCAGUUACAAGCAUACACUCUGCAAGUGUUCCAGACACUCCAACAUACGAAGAACUUCAAGCGAAAUUAGAAGCCUCCACUCGAAAUAUACAGAGCAUCAAAGACCAACAGCAACAACUAUUGCGUCUACAGCAAGCUGCUAAAGAUCAUCUCGUUGAAAUGGAGAACAUUCGCAAUCAGCGAACACGUCCUACAUUUUACAAUCAAAAUGGUUCUGAACCGCCAAAUUAUGAAAAUAUAGGUCAGGUGCAGAGCGAUAUGGCGAACUUAGUGAAUCGCAUGAAAAAUUUAACAACAUUCAUUCAAGGACAGAAUGAGUUGAGUUCGUUACUUGGUGAUGAUGGUCCAGAAAUCUUAGCAGAGCAGGAAGCUUUACAGAAUAAGUUAAUGGAAUUGCAACAACAAAAGGCUGAUAUGCGGAAUUUAGUGAAUGAACUUCAUGAGAUCAACACCAACGCCGAAAAUACAGCAAAACAACGUCAUCAAAAUUCCAAUGAAGGUUCCAGGGUAGUUCCGAUCGAUUAUCAAAGAAUUGUACCCAUUGAAUUGGUUGGACCCGCGAAAAAUCAACCGCAAGAAACCAACGGAAUCGCUAAUGGACAUGACCCCCUGCCAAAUGGACAUUGCAAUGGAACCGUUGACCAUGAUAUGACUGAUGAUAACGCUCCUACUCCUCAAAAUCAAGACGAAGAAGCCGAAUUAACUGAGGAAACAUCCGAUUUGAUAAAACAGAAGAUGGCUGAUAUUGCUACCAUGAAAAAUCAACUCAAACGGCUCAAAGACAUGAUGGACACCGUGAAGUUGAUUGAAGAUAAAACCGACGGUCGUAGCAUUCAAGAAAUUGCGGAUGAAGCUGAGCACCUACUAACGGGCAAUGCUCCUAUUAGACGCGAAACCACCGAAAAGGUUCCAAGCCAUCGUAAUUCUGCGCAAAGAGAAAUUCCCCACCGGGUAGAAUUGUCCGCCGAAGAACUUGAAAAAACUGAGAAACCUACCGAAAGUGAAAUUGAAAUGACAGAAAAGGUCCGUAUUCUGCAUGAGAUGACUCAGGACUUACGAAGUCAGGCUGCUAGUUUGGCGAACGAGCGCGAUCGUUUGAAAACGCUACGCGACGAAAUGAUUCGUCGUAAAGAAGCAGAAAAUAUGGCGACUUCAUCUGCAACAAAGAGAAUUCCUGUAAGUCAACCACCAAAAGAACCAGAAAGUGAUCAAUUGAAAGCAGAAUUUGAAAUUAAAAAGAAAGAAUUUGAAAAACUAUGUGAACGUCUUCAAAGUGAUGAUGAUAUUAUCCCAGAAGAAGUGAAUGCACGCCAUCCCAACGAAAGUGUUGAAAAUUCAAAACACAGCACGAAUAAUAGUUCCUCCUACUACCAAGACAAUUGGAGGCAACAAAACAUGGUAUCAUCAGAUUCUUCAGUGCGCGGUGCGGCUGGGGACGGUAAACAAUCUACUAUUCCUCCAACACCAUCGCGCGGUAAAGACAGUGCCGACUCUGGAGCAGCCGAUGUGCAUGGAAUUGCAUCAUUUGAAGCUGGCAGCAUGCAAUCAGGUAGCUCCAGAAGUUUCAGCAUGCCUCCACCAAUGAGAACGAUGAAUGCCCGGGACCCGGUCUGGCGGAAGAACUCGCAGGACAAUUCUCAAUCACAAUUCGAAUUUUACGCUCCAAUGCCACCACCGCUUCCAACAUGGAGCUCCAGCUACUAUUAUUCUACACCGUAUGCGCAGCACUUCAAUCCUCAUCCGCAUCAUCACCCGGUUAACCCUGCAGGCAAUGAAUACUUUUGCGGGCAUAAUUGUCAUCCGACUAAUGCAAUGGGGCAAGCUGGGACUUCAAUGAACAGUUCUCAACCACAAACUAGCCAACAACCUGUCUUGAAUACUAAUGAUCCGGUUCUUUUGCAACAGUUCAUUCAAACACAACAGAUGCUCAUUAAUUCGGUUUGUCAGUGUAAUCAAUUGUUGUGGCAUCAACAACGCGAAAUCAACAACCUAAAUAACGCCGUAAUGUUGUUGCAAGAACGUCUUCUUCAUGCAAACAACAACGAAGCAGGAGGCAUAAAAGUCAAUCGCGCUGAAUCUGUACCGCCAACUGGAAUAACACUAUCGAGCAGUCUAUACACGUCGCAACGAGCCCAAUCUGAACAACCAAAUCAACCAUAUCAGUCGAUUCAACAACCACUCGCCUCUCCAGGGCGACACCAUUUCCAUGGCUACAAUUUUGCGAGUAACUAUCAACAUCAGCGACGAAACAUGAACACUCUUCAUCAACAACAAUCAUCAAACGCCGCCUCUUACAACUAUGCAUCCUCAGAACAACAUGGUUCAACAGUAUGCUCUCAACUACCACCGCUCCCGCCACAUAAUCAUCAAAUGGAUUACAGUAGCGUACCACAUUCGCCGCAAACAUCAAACUUCCUUAACAAUGAUGCUCCACAUUCAGCUAAUAUUCAUCAGCAGCAUCCCACUACACAGCCGAUUUACAUGCACCAUCAUAAUACGAUUGCUCCGUCUGAUGUCGGUUCGGUCGGUGCAAAUUUACAGCAGCAACAAACACAGCCACCUCCACACCAUCAUACUAACAAUCAUUCAAAUUUGCUAACAUCCCAGCAACAAAACUGUUUGAAUUCUCCAUCCGCUGCUAAUGCUUCUCAACCGGCUGUCAAUAGCAGCUCGGUUACGCAUGGACCCAACAAUGCAGCUGCAGCUGCUUCCGCUCUCAAUAAUCAAGUACCACCCGGGAAUCGUGCUAACAAUUAUUGGGAUAAUUUUCGAAGUUACUCGAGACAAAAUCUUCUGUCGACUAAUUCAUGUAAAAGCAACGAGGAGCAACAACAACAACAGCAGCAGCAACAACAACAGCAAGUUAGCGCAACACCCUUUCCCACAAAUGUAAUAUCCAAUAGCAAUAAUCUAAACGGCUUCCGUAAUUUACACAAUGCUAUGAACGCUAUAAAUGCCAUAAAUAGUGGUAACUUGGCGUCCUAUUCGAAUAACCUAACUCCGCCAACGUUCGACAAUAAAUAUGUUUACACAUUCCGCAAUCAAUUCAAUAGCAAUAUUUUCAAUGAACACGAAUCAGAAACCCCUGUAGCCCAUGGAGCGACUCAAUCGUCCGGAGCGGUGGUACAUAAUUUGCCAUCAGGACAAGAUGGUUUCACCAUGAAUUCUACUCAGCACGUUCCCCAUAAUCGCAUCACGGCCGGUAUUCUAAUAAAUCAAUCGACGCAAUCAGAUAAUUUGAACGUUAAUAGUAGCAGCGAAAUACUCAGUUGUAGCAGUAACAAUAAUAUUAACAGCAAUUCGAACUCGAAUGCUAACGUUGCAGCAAUUUUUGGCGCCUCCGAUUUCCGGAACAUGAACUUCAACUUUGGCGCAAAUGAGCUUCGAAAGAAAAUUUCAAUCAAAAGUGCAUGUUCCACGAAACGUAUACGGCAUUCACAAUCCAUGACAAACGAAAUGAUUCCAUCAAAUCGAGAAUCGAAUUCCAGCCAAGUUUCAUCGUCAGGCUUUGAUGAAAGCGGUGUUAGUGACAUCAAUGAAUCAGGAGCUAUUGCUACUGCGAUGGGCCUAAGAAACACUUCUUUAAAUUUUGAUGAUCAACAGCAAUUAGAAAACGACUUUAACGAUGACGAUAAUGCAAACGCAGAUAACUCAAACGCAUCCGGGUACAGUGAAAGUUCUGAGGAAAACAAGAAGAAUCUUUUGGUGAAUGCAUUGCGAAAUGAUAAAUUCACAUCAAAAUUUUUUGAAAGACUGAAAGAAGAUGUUUACCGCGAAGUGUAUAGCAUCUUGCAGGCAACAGAAUCUCAACCGCAGUAUCUAGAGCAACUUUAUAAGGAGCUUCAACUUGUCCCAACCUCGGAUCCCAUUCGCAACAUUGUAAUGCAGGCUAUGCAUGAUAUAUACAAACGCUCAUCGGUAGCAGACGACGAAUCCAGUGGAAAUUUUAGUAAUAACUUUUCAGAAUGCAAUAAUGCAGCUACAUCACCAUUUGAUAGUGCUAAUCAGUCGCCAGCGAACCAACCAGAAAGCAAUCAAGAGAAUGAACUCAUGAAUAUCUUAUUGAAUUCAACGGAACUUCGAAGGUUGGCUUACAAAAUAAUGUUUGAUUCCGAACGAAUAUCGUCGCCUGUUGAGAAAGUUGGUACUAAACCGAAUUUAUCGUCAUCAUCAACCAGUUCAUCCCCUAAGCCUCCAACCGAAAUUUACCGGCCAGAUUAUGAUCUCGUUAAUCACAUUAUGGCUGUCAUCCGUAGUUCUGUACAAUCUCAAAAAAUUGACGAUGAAAUCAUUAUGAAAAUCACGAGAUUGACAAUUUCCACUCUAGAACGUUUAUCAUCAACUGUGGGCAAUAAUACCCUGCAGAUCGAUAGAGUUGCUGUCUCGCCAAAAGAACUUUAUCGUAGGAUGAAGACUUUUGAUAGACGCGAUCGUGAAACAUUUCUAGAAAGGUAUGAGUCAUAUCUUCAAACAAUGUUUGUAAUGAAAAUCGUUAAUGAUGAUGCAAACAAUUUAAAUUUGAUAACAAUGAGAAAAACGUCAUCAUCCAAUACGAACAUGCUAAGCAACACUCUGGGCACAAACAGUUCGGAGGUUCAAAUCCCGAGGCGACAGGCCCUUGCUCCGAAAUCUAAUAUCACUGCGAAUUCUAUCAGCAUGACAAGCUUAGAAUUGAACUGUAAUCGGAAGAUGGAUCGCAACCAAGCAGAUGUGGCAGCUAUAGAUCGUUCAGACGUUUAUAAUGCAAAUGCAAGUACAUCGCGAUCCCUACAAGCUGAUCUCAAACAUCACCAACCAUUACAACAGAAAAAUCCACCGAAAAGUCGACGUUCAAACCCGAAUACCACACACAAUCCAGUCACUCUAACUCAACUUCUAUUUACAGCAAGUAAUAAUGAAAAUAGUGACAUGGCUUCAAAUAACGAGGCGCUUUCAUCACCCACAAUAAACAGCAACAAUAUAACUAACGAAGAUCUCGCGGAAGCUGAUCAAGUAUGUUCAUCGGAUGCAAUCAUCUCACUUCCUUGUGAUACAGCAUCUGGAAUAUCCUUGAAACUCAUACGAAACGAUCAAUAUCGCCACCAACAGCAACGGCAGGGCCACAACGCUUUUUCCCCCGCAGAACAUCACGUCGAAACGGACGGAAAUAAGAACAGUGACUGGGUUAGAAAAGAGACGAGUCAAUCAAGCUUGGAUGGAAUGAAGCAUGAAGCUGAAUCCGAAUGUUUCGAAUCAUUCGCCACUUUUCCACAAGGGAAUAACUCUGCUUCAAUUCAUUCUGUCGAUAGCGAAGAUAUUACUCUGGGAGAGGUAUCCAGCAGCAAUCAUAGUUUGAGUAAUGCUGGUGCCGUAAACGCGAUCGAUGCCGAACCGAUCAUGAAUGAUGCUGCUUGUGCUGUGAUUUACCAUCAGACAAAUUCAAAUGUGAAUACUACAAUACAGGAAUCUAAUAAUUACCCCAAUGUUACUACUCCAGCAACAUCUGCUAGUAGAGCAAACAACAAUUCGGCUGUUAACGCAGUUUUACCGAUGUCAUCAUCCGCAAGCAAUGGAGAUGGUGCCGUUGCUGAUAACAAACAGAAAAAUGGAGUUCCAUGAGUUUUAUUUGAAUUUUGUCUUUUCCGUUGUUAUUCAACGGUAACAUAACUAAAUAUCGCAGACGAAGUUAUAAAAGUAUUGUAGUUUCUUUAUAUAUUUGAAAUUUAUACAUUGUGAUUUUUGGCUUAGAAAUAUUUUAUUCGUCUACAUAAUACAAAAAUAAACACUUAAGUAAGGGGAAACUUGAUAACAGAGUUAAAUACAGAAACUAUUAUGAAAUUGAUGUAUUCCUACAGGAAAGAAUGUAUUGGUGUAAUAAAUGUUAACAAGUCAAUAA